AUGGCUCGUAGGCCAUUGCAAUCGCCCUGUCUGCAAUGCCGACACCGCAAGGUGCGCUGCGAUCGCCGACGCAACACCUGUGGCAGCUGCGAACGCCUGCAAUUCAAUUGCUCCUUCCGAGACGACGGAGAGAGAACUCAGACCUCGCCGCCUGAACGGAAACGCGCAACUCAAGCAUGCCUAGCAUGUCGCCGUUUGAAAACACGCUGCUCCGGCGAACUUCCUGAAUGUGCCAAUUGUUGUCAACGGGAAAGGCAGUGUCGAUACACUGCUAGGAACGAGCCAGCGAACGAGUCACUGCAUGCGGAAGACGAAGGUUCACAGUGCGGCCCGAUCUUUCCCAAUCGUUUAAGGGACAUGGUCGAGACCCUUGAUCGCUUCUUUCGCCAUAUAUACCCCAUCCCUUCGUUCGCCUUCGUUCAUGAACCCUCGACUCGGAAGCAAUAUCUGGAGGGGACAAUGGACGAAACGUUUGCUAUAGCGCUGGCUGCUGUGACCAACGCUUUUCUUUCCUCAGAUGAAGCCAUACUUGACGAAGGCAAAUCGUGCAUCCGCAUAGUGGAAGCGCAGUUCUGGGACCAUCUUCAUGAACCGUCCAUUCGUCGCGUCCAAUGUCUUCUCUUCGUUAUCCAUUAUCAUAUUCAGACCGGGAAUUUCGCACGCGCUUACAUGCUAGCCGGAAUCGCCGGACGAGCUGCGACAGCCCUGCGGCUCAACUACGAACGGCCGGAUAUUGAACCAGUGGCGCAGGAGACACGGUGUCGUGUGCUGUGGGCGCUGACUAGCAUCGACGGGCAGUUUUCUGUUGGCUUGCCAGAGCACGAGACGAUGCCUUACAGCAUUGUCUACCAGCAGCUGCCUCAUUCCGAGGAAAGCUUCUCUGGUUCGCAAGUAGAACCGCCGAGGCAUCCGAACCUCCUGGCCGCCUGUUUCCGACUGUCGAAGAUCCAGCGGGACGUAAUGCGACUUACUCGACAGCUUUCCAUAUCGGACAAGCCUAUGGUGGGACUACCGGGACUGGUGCAGCAGAUCCAGAACGACUUGUGGCGGCUCCAUGCAGACCUGGAGGUCGAACAUGACUUUUCCAUCUCUUCGACCACUCAACCACUCAAGAUGAAGGAUUCUCGGUGGUUUGCACGGUAUCUCCUAGCCUCCCUCUCAUGGUACCAAGUCCAUUGCGAUCUCUACCGCAUAUUCCUGCCUGGCUAUGCUGAGGCCGUCCCCACAGUAAUCAUGAGCGCGACCGAUGCAGCCUUCAGAGGCCACGCAGCAGAGAUGUGCCGACUCCACGUCCAGCAGAUAUUCAAGAUACUAGGGAGUCUUUUAGACCCCGGCCUAAACGUCCCUUUACUAUCGUCCUAUGUCGCAGUCUGCGCCUAUCAAUCCGCGCGCUUGAUCCUAUUCCUACCGUCUUCACAGCAAGUCGAGGAAUGCUUAUCAGAGGAAUGUGCUUUCCGCGGAGCAAAUAUUGCCUCCCAACUCCUAUCCAGAUUCUUCGCCGCGUUGCCAUGGGCUCGAGAUAUUAUCACCGACCUGCGACGAUUAAUAUCCAACGCUACUUACGGUAUCGGUGCGUCUUCAGUAUCGACUGAUAAUGGCCGCUACCGGCACGAUCAACUCGCUGUGCACAGCUUGCUUCGACAGGCUAACUUUGUGGAUGAUGACUAUGAGCACUUGAUCUCCCGCGACGCCCCUAGCAUGGUCUGA